ACUACGUAUCUCGGGACGCCACUAGGCUAUUGUGUUCACCCCUUUCAUUCGGUCAACGAAUUAUCUCUGGACAUAAGGACGAUAUUUAAAAACAACUUUUUGAAUACGUGAGGACAUAUACAGACAUGUAUACGAUGUAACUUUCUCCGAUUCGUUGGCGUUGCUAGACAGGAAAGAUCUCGAUUUUUUACCCAUUUUUAGGAAAUUAAACAAGGAAUUAUUAAUCUGGAAAGCAAUGACGAGCCCGACAGGGCUGGAUUCACUCUGCGGCCAGCAAGUAAGGACAUGCCGAAACACAUCGACCAACGCAGAUAGGGGUAGGACGGGUGCUACAUGCAGCUUGAUCAUGAAAUCCUUUCUAGUCACCAUCAUGAUCCUUGCCUUUGCACAAGGAUGCACAUCAUCUGAGGCCGAGGAGCGACUCUUUACAAAACUAUUCUACAAAUAUAACAGAUUGAUUAGACCAGUUGUCAAUAACUCGGAUGUUUUACCGGUCAAUUUUCAGUUAACAAUGUCCCAACUUAUCGAUGUGGACGAAAAGAACCAAAUUAUGACAACGAACGUUUGGCUCAAACAGUUAUGGGAAGAUUAUAAACUUCAGUGGGAUCCAAUGGAAUACGACAACAUCUCCAUACUCCGAGUACCCUCCAAAAUGAUAUGGACCCCUGAUCUGGUCUUAUACAACAACGCUGACGGCAACUACGAAGUGACACUUAUGGCCAAAGCACUUGUGUACAAUACCGGCACUGUAUAUUGGCUCCCACCUGCUAUCUACAAAAGCUCUUGCAAGAUCAACGUCAGAUAUUUUCCCUUCGACGAACAGUACUGCCCGAUGAAAUUCGGCUCAUGGACUUACGACGGAAGCUUGAUAGACCUUGUUCCUUCGAGCAACGACGUCGAUUUGGAAGACUAUUGGCAGAGCGGCGAGUGGGACAUCAUUGAAACACCGGCAAACAAAAACACACUCAAGUAUCCGUGCUGCGAUGAGAUCUACACAGAUAUUACCUUCACGCUUCAUAUCCGCAGAAAGCCACUCUUCUACACGGUGAACCUUAUCCUUCCUUGCGUGCUCAUUUCCUUCCUCACUGUUCUUGUGUUCUAUCUACCCUCAGACUCAGGAGAAAAGAUUACACUUUGUAUAUCAGUGCUUCUGGCCUUGACUGUGUUUCUCUUGCUUAUUGCAGAGAUUAUUCCCCCAACAUCGCUGCUCAUCCCCCUCAUUGGUCGCUACCUUCUUUUCACCAUGGUCCUCGUUACACUAUCCAUUGUCAUUACCGUUAUUGUUCUGAACAUUCACUAUAGAGCACCCAGCACGCAUACGAUGCGCCCGUGGGUGCGUAAAGUCUUCCUCGAAGUUUUGCCGCCGUUACUCUACAUGAAGAGGCCCAAGAGGCACUUACAUGGAGAAAACCCUUCCAAGGAGAAGGACCUUAAUUAUUUUGAACUCAAGGAGGUGAUGCACAAAGACGGGGAGAAUCCCCACGGUAACGGGCGGGAUAUCUUUGACAACCUCCACCCUAGUUUCAAACUCCGGACUCUAUCUGACGAUGUCGGUAAUCCGAACAUCGAUACGCCGUCGAUGUCGAAGGCAGGAGGGAGAUACUCCAAGGAGUUCAAACAGGCUGUUGAUGGAGUCAAGUUCAUUGCUCAGCAUCUCAAGAACGAGGAUGAGUUUAAUUCUGUAACAGAAGAUUGGAAAUAUGUUGCCAUGGUCAUCGACCGGAUAUUUCUCUGGAUUUUUUUAAUUUGCGUAAUUUGCGGGACAUCCGGAAUCAUCUUAUCGGCGCCGCUCAUUUUCGAACCAGUGGUGACACAGAUAGAAAGGGAUGCAGCUGCGGCAACAGACCCCCCGACCGCAUCUCCUACCACCGAUCUCCCAAUUUCAGAAUAACUCAAGGUGCGUGUGACCGUCUUUUAUAAAAAAAACAAAACUAAUGCAACUUUGGCCGCCGCAAUGCGAGGAGAUGGCGAAUGAUGGCUGAUGGCUCGUUAUCCAUGCAAUACAAUGACAGCCGUUCUACUGACCUCAUUGUUGAAAAGGACGACGAUGACGUAACAUACAGUAAGCAGUGAGUGGUGAUCAUUCUCGUAAUGGAGCAUUGGCAAUCGGAUGGCUGAAUUGCUUGACGACGUCCGUAGGUAAACGUUCUUCAGACCACGUCGUAUGGACUAUGGAUACGUAGGAUCAGUUACUUCUGAAUAUUCCCCACGUCAUGCAAGGUGUGGUGUUUUAGACCCAGGACAUGUAGGAAGCACUGACCUAAACCAAAGUAGUCUUUAAUUCAAUAAUGCAGGUGAAAAAAAUGGAUUACUGAUAACACUCGAAGUAGAUGAUGAGUAGAGUCAUGCUUACAUUUAUGCAGUUGAGACAAGUGUUCGAAUCCAAUACAUAUUGUGGCAAAAUGUAUGCUGUAAUGAAAUCGCGACCUAAAUCGUUGGAAGGCUUUAAAUUGUGUGAAGUUUCUGAGUAAAUCCAUUCUAAAAGGAAAUAGCUCAGGUACUAUGCAUAAAAAUAGACACAACAAAUGUUUUUACCUUUGAUACUUGGUUCGUUUCUGUAGAUGCAUUUAGGUCUAUCAUGCUGAUAAACCAAUAUCUGGUUACUAACAGAUUUUAGCCUCACUAUCAAUAAUAUGAUUUUUUGCAAGUAUAAUUAUAUAUUAUCUUCGAGCUUACCUCAACGUGUAUUGGAGUUGAGUAAUGUUUUGACAAGAAAGAAUGAUUCUAUAUUAAUAUAUAAUCAUAGAAUCAUUAUUCCUUGUUUAACAUUACCUAAUUCCAAUUUAUACAUGUUACGGUAUCCUCGAAAAAAUCAUUGCCUCGUAACCACCAGCGACCAAUUGGUGUCACUGAUAACCCUAUAUGCCACUGGCCCCCAGAACCAACCUGACAUCAAUCGCAGGUUCAUGUGUCAUAAUUAUCUAUAUUGCUUUCAACCAGUCUGAACCGCCCUCCUCCUGCUUGUGUCCUUUCUCAGAACGAUUUCUUUAAAAAUCAUGUAGGUUACCAUGGUUACACUAGAGAUGGGAACGAACGUGCUAUCGUCUGAAAGAUACGUCUACGGUACAGGCGUUACGCUUGCUGGGGUCGAUCCCUUGAUGCAUGAGCUAAUACCGACACAGCAACGGCAGUUUGCUUUGUACUUGACGACUUAUAGGGUCAAGAUCAUGUUAUGUAAUAAAAUGAACAAAAUUGAUAAUUUGUAUAUUUUAUAAUCGACAUGAUAAUUAUAUAUCAACAUUUGUUUGACGCUUUUUGAAUGUGAAUAUUUCAUGUAUAUGUGGUCUUGUUUUGAGUUAAAAAAAUAACAUUUGUUUUUUAUAUUUAGCUGAAAACAUCAAAUCUAUACGAAUUUCAAUACUAAUUAAAUGCGAUAAGGGUAAUUUGACUGUAGAUAUCACAGAGUCUAUCUCUUAACGCUGGCGUUGGACUUUAUUGUAGCGGUACAGAUUCUUUUUAAAUGUUAUCUCUCUUUGUAAGCAAAGUGAUUAUUGAUUAUAUUCAACACUCUUAUUUUUAAUACGAAUUUUUAAUCAUGAUAUACUGUACGUAUUCAGCAUGCAUGUAAAGCAUUAAGCAUGAUAGGUGUGAAUUUUGAUUACGACAUUCUAAAAUUGUAAGCAAUAUGACAAUUUUGUUCGGAAGAAGACGAGUACGACUUAACGAAAAUCGCUUAUUCUGGACCUUCCAAACUUUUGUUAACUUUCUGACUUCACGGCGGACCAGUGGUUUUUUUUUCUCUGUAUUGAAGGGGAGCAAUAUUAAAAAAGUAAAGUUGUUUCCAAGUAUUUGAUAUGGAAAAAUGAGACCAAGUGAUUAUUUUGUUUAAUUUUUGUAGGAUUUCUUUUUAUUUAAGAAAAAAACGGUCAACGGUCAUAGUUAAUGGCAUAUAAUAGAUGGCAUCUAGUGCUUUCUUUAAAACGUAGUCGGAUUAGUUUUUUUUUAUAUUCUCUCACACUGUUUGACGACCUAGGUAUUUUCCGAAGCGCUCUUAUUUAGAAUGUAAUACAAUUCUUUAUGACGUAUAUGUGAUCACGAAGGAGCAUUAUAGACCUAUGAAAUCUUUUAUCUUUUUAGCAGUGUCACAUCUACAUUAUAUAUCAUUAUGCAAUAACUGUUCUUUAUUAGAUAUAGGCAUAUUUCUGCUCGGUAUAUUUCUAUGUAUAAUACUGGUAAUCUCUUUUGUCUGCGGGAUACACGACGGCUAAUAUAAUUUCAAUACACCAUUCUAAUGCAAAACUUAAAACACGUAGUACCGUACUGUUAGUCAACAAAGUCAGGAACCUCAUUUAUGAUUUCAAAAUCAUAAUUAUUAAGGUUUGUAAUAUAAAUGUGUACAUCUAUCUGUCUUUCUAUUUUGAUUUAUUGUUUCUUUUAUAACUAUCAGAAGAUUUUCCUUGCUUUGAUUUCUAGAACUCUGAAUUCACAGGAUCUAAUCAAAGGAAAGCUAUUUAUUUUAUCUGUUUCUUCAGAUUAAAGAUCUACAUAAAUUUAAGAGAACUAUUCAAACUGUCGAAUAUUGGAAUUUCCUCUUCCAAGUUGUAUCCUACAUAAUGACAGAAUAGGAAAGGUCCCCUUUAAGCCAAAUCCUGGUGUUUGAAGUAUUGUAUGUUUGUAUAGAAAUAUCAUUUUCUUUCUUUUGCUCCCAAAAAGGGAGAAAGAAAAAAUACACAAAAAGAAAUGUAUUUAUAACGGUUAGAACACUAUCAGGUAUUCUUUUCAGUGAUCAUUUUGCAUUCGUGAAAUAGAUCUACGUGAGUCCAUGAUAAGUUGAAAUUAAAUCGAUUUAUUUUGAUUUACUAAAACCCUAGUCACAUGACCAAAACUGACAUCAGGCCAACAUGUCACCCAUGAAAUAGGGUAAUGCCAUUUUGUAACACUCGGGCAUUGCUCUGGAUCUCUAAAAAUGAUUGCGAUGAUUAAUUUGUUUACAUGAAUAUUAAUGAAAAAUUUAUGCAAGUAACCAAAACCCCUUUCGGCAAUUGAAAUUUGAAAAUUAAUCCCAAUCCUUUUUUAUAAUGGCGCGUUGGGGCAUUUCGCAUUUGCGUUGCUACAAAAGUCCAACCGUGCUGGUAGAAUCAGGAGCAACUAUAACCAAUCAGAAGCGAGCAUUUUGGAUUUACAAUGUGCUUCUACGAAGUGUGUUUGAUUACAAUGUUUUGUGGCAUUGGUUUCGGUUUGAGCAGUGAGAAUGAGUGCUGUAGGGCCUAUCUUCUAAGAAUGGGGCUCGCCUGGUCUUUGCUCAUAGAUACGACAUGGCGAGUUCCUUUUUUCUGGCAAAAUCAGAAUAGGAAAAAAUAUACCAUUCUAUUACCCGACUAUUUUCUCAUUAAUUUAUUUGUUUAUUAAAAAAUCACCCUUAUUGGAGAUUAUAUAGUUGCACACUGAUAUAUUCCCAUUCUAAUUAUUAGGAAUCUCUUUCAAACAGUACAAGUAAGUAAGAAUUUGAUUUCGAAAUAAAAAUCUUAAGUCAAAUUGCAUAAUGUUGGGCCAGACCGAGAUUCAAAUAAAGAUGUUUUAAAUAGUAAUGGCCAACUUGACUAGUCUCUGUGAAUAUAGGGCACUGUGUAGAUCAUCCGCGGCUGGACCUGCGUUAUACAUACUACGUAAUCUCAUGCAUGAUCUUUAUUAAGUUAUUAUUACACUGGUACAAGGCAAUCAUUGAUGAGAACCAUCGAUAUAAAAACAAAACUGGAUAGAGCAACGACGCGCUCUUUUAAGGUCACCGGAAGCACUUAAAAGUAAUCCAAAAGGUCAAGCGCGCACUCGGUUCCACACUUUUUCUCUUGCGUGGGCGUGUAUAUGGCUCCAUUAUACUGUCAAUGUGCCAUGGAAUACUUUUCCUGUAGCUUCAAGCUCUAUCCAUUUUUUUUAUCAAUGGGUAUACGGGAAUCCUUGAUUCGACCUUUUUGCUGUUCGUGCUGUCCAAAGUCGUCAAAGAGGGCGUGCCUCUUUUUCAUUUGAAUUGCGUGUACAUUGAAAUAUAGACUCUAUCGUAGAGGUGAUAAAAUAUUAUUAUGAUUAUAUUUAAAAGAAAUACCUAACUUUGACUAUCCCGCAGCUAGUGCUGGAUGCUAAUAUGACUUGCUGUGAUCUUAAAUAUCAAAUUUAUAUGUAUUCAUCUAUUUGCAUAUUUUCAUUUCAUUUAUGCUCGAAAAAUUGGGCAGUCUUGUUUUCUUUCCUUUCUUUUCUACAUGUCUACAAUAAGCAUAAAACUUAUUGGUCUUCAAUUAACCAAAUCGUUUGCGAUUACAAGCGAUACUGUACAGCUUGAUAAUCGAUACUAUGAUUAUCAUUGUAUAUUUAAAUGUAUUUCCACUUCCAUCCGUUUUGUUGGAGAUUGAUUAAAUAUACGUUUUGACACAAUACAA